CGGGCUCCGGCACAGGCUCGGGCUCCGGCAUGGUGCAAUCCGGCCUCGUCCCGGGAGAGCGGGGCCCGCGUGCGGGGCCGGCGCCGGGGGAGCGGCGGCAGCGACGGUGGCGGUGGUGGCUGCAGGCGCAAGCAGGCGGCAGGUGCUAGAAGCGGGGCUGGGCGAGGUGUGUGCCCGCUGGGCUCCGGGGCCGCCGCUCCCUCGCUGCCCCCAUCUUUCCCUCUCUUCGGGAUUCCCAGCGUGUCCAGCCCCCUGUCUCCGCGCCCCGGCCCAUGGCGCCCCGCGGUUGAGCCGGCGCCGCCAGGGACCCCUCCCGCGGGCCUCCCCGGGGCGCGCAGAUCCCGGAGCCGCCCGCCCACCCUCCGCGGAGUCUCCCUCCCUUCCUCGCCCGAGCCGGGCGGGACCAUGGCUGCUAAGCUGCGAGCGCAUCAGGUGGACGUGGACCCGGACUUCGCGCCGCAGAGCCGGCCGCGCUCGUGUACCUGGCCCCUGCCGCAGCCCGACUUGGCCGGCGACGAGGACGGAGCGCUGGGUUCAGGGGUGUCUGAGGGCGCCGAGGACUGCGGGCCGGAGCGCCGGGCUACGGCCCCGGCGAUGGCCCCAGCGCCGCCGCUGGGCGCGGAGGUCGGACCGCUGCGGAAAGCGAAGAGCUCCCGGCGGAACGCGUGGGGGAACCUGUCCUACGCCGACCUCAUCACCAAAGCCAUCGAGAGCGCCCCGGACAAGCGACUCACGCUCUCGCAGAUCUACGACUGGAUGGUCCGUUACGUGCCCUACUUCAAGGAUAAAGGCGACAGCAACAGCUCGGCGGGCUGGAAGAACUCCAUCCGGCACAACCUGUCGCUGCACACCCGUUUCAUCCGCGUGCAGAACGAGGGCACGGGCAAGAGCUCCUGGUGGAUGCUGAACCCCGAGGGCGGAAAGACAGGCAAGACCCCGCGGCGGAGGGCCGUGUCCAUGGACAACGGGGCCAAGUUCCUGCGCAUUAAGGGCAAGGCGAGCAAGAAGAAGCAGCUGCAGGCACCUGAGCGAAGCCCCGAUGACAGUCCCCCAGGCGCGCCAGCCCCGGGGCCCGUGCCUGCCGCUGCCAAGUGGGCCACCAGCCCGGCCUCGCACGCCAGCGAUGACUACGAGGCGUGGGCCGACUUCCGCGGCGGCGGGAGACCCCUGCUCGGGGAAGCGGCCGAAUUGGAGGACGACGAGGCCCUGGAGGCCCUGGCGCCGUCGUCCCCGCUCAUGUACCCGAGCCCGGCGAGCGCGCUGUCGCCCGCGCUAGGUGCGCGCUGCCCGGGGGAGCUGCCCCGCCUGGCCGAGCUGGGGGGCCCGCUGGGCCUGCACGGGGGCGGCGCGGGGCUGCCCGAGGCCCUGCUGGACGGCGCGCAGGACGCGUACGGGCCGCGGGCCCGGGCGGGGACGCCCGCCUACUUUGGCGGCUGCAAGAGCGGCGCCUACGGCGGGGGCGGGGGCUUCGGGCCUCCGGCGCUGGGCACGCCCAGCCGCCCCCCCAGGGCCGCGCCCGACCGCUUCCCGGCCGACCUGGACCUCGACAUGUUCAGCGGGAGCCUCGAGUGCGACGUCGAGUCCAUCAUCCUCAACGACUUCAUGGACAGCGACGAAAUGGACUUCAACUUCGACUCGGCCCUGCCUCCGCCGCCGCCUGGCCUGGCCGGGGCCCCGCCCCCCAACCAGAGCUGGGUGCCGGGCUGAGGGCCGCCUUCCCUCGCCCCCGGGCGCCCCGCCCCGCCCCCAAGGGGCUUCUGUCUUCCCGUCCUGAUCCCCUGGGCCCCAUCCCCAUUCCAGCUUCACGGGGUGGGGUGGGGUGGGAGGAUCCGGGAGGCAGCCCCAGGUCUGCUAGAGAAGUCCCUCAGAAGUUUACCCCUGAGGGAAGUGGUAGGGAGGGGCUGGGGCACCUGCCAUUCGUGCCCAAACUCCUGAGACCCGCUCCACCUCCCUCCUGGGGCAGGAAGCCUGGGCGGAGGGGAAUUUCGGGCUGGGUGGGAGUGGGGACCAGCCAGGCGGGCUGCUCUGGUCGGCGAUGCCAACCGGGAGAUGUGGCACGGGGCCAGAGGUGGUCUGAAUCUUCGUUUCAUUUGUGAGGGCCGCGACGGAUAGCCCACCCCAAACUCCAAUCUGAUUCCCAACUCACACCUUCCCACUGGUCUUAGCCCCACCCACUCAAGCCAGGAACCCCCUCCCGAAAACACUCACACCUACCUAUUGGCUGUUCACCCUGAGCUGUUUCCCUUUAGCCCUAAGCCACCCUUAGAGCCCCCAUACCCAUGAUUCAGCCCCUCCCUCCUAUCCCUGCAGGCCCUAACUUCUCCUCUCCUCUCCUCUCCUCUCAGGUUCGAGUCACCCCCCGCCCCACUUUCCCCUGCCCCCAGUACUGGUCUCAGCCUCUCCAGCAGGUCUCAGCUCCGGAUCCACCCCCCAAACCAACACCCCUUUCUCCGUUCCAGUCCUGCCUCCUCUCCCGUAUUUAUAAGUGUCCGGUCGGGGCGGGCUGUGGGCGCGGCGUCCCCGGCGCAUAUCGUAGGCAGUGUACCGUGGCCGUGCCGUCAGCGUGUGCGUGUGCGUGUGUGCCGUGUCGAGGCCGUGUAGAGUGCAUUGUACAGCAUAUUUUCAUGAAUAAAAUUGUUUUAAAUAUUU